CUCUCAAGGCUCGAAUCGAAUCACACUGUCACACACAUUUUACUAAAACCCAUCCGCCAAUCAACAAAGUUUCAUAAUACCUUCUUCUUCUACCGCCGAUUUUCUCCCAAUUUUGCUCAGGGCUUGCGGUGGUAACUGAAAACCAUACCCUUUUCAGACUUGCGCUGCUCGACGCUUGCGAUCGCUGACGACGUCGGAAGAAUUUCCGUCACGUCUUUAUCCGUUGAUAUUCAUCGAUUAUAAUAUUUUCGCGGGAAUCAACGGCUACGAAACGCUUCAUCCUUCCAUUCUUCCCAGAAGUUUGAAUCGCCGAAUCGAAAGACAAACCCACUUCGAUUUUCAUCAGCUGCUCUCAGCCCUCUCACUCCAGGAAUUGGAGGUAGGGAAAUCUCAAAUGGCUCUAACAAAUGGGUUGGAAGUUCAAAGGGAAAUCCUGGAUGCCGAAAUCAAGUCAUUUUUUGACUCAGCUCCUCCUUUGAAGGACAGCGAUGAUAUCAGUGGAAAACUUGAGGAAUUUGUGAAGAAGAAUUCAGUACCUUCCGAAAGUGGAGGAGUUAGGAGGGUUGUGUGUGUGACAUCAGGUGGCACUACGGUUCCUCUAGAGCAACGAUGUGUUCGCUACAUUGACAACUUUAGCUCAGGUCACAGAGGAGCGGCAUCCACAGAGUACUUUUUGAAGGCAGGUUAUGCUGUUAUCUUUCUAUAUCGAAGGGGUAGUUGCCAGCCAUAUUGCAGAUCUCUUCCCGAUGAUCCUUUGCUUGAAAGUUUUGAAUAUACGGAUGACUCAAAUAUUAAAGUGUGCCAGUCGCAUUCAGAAGUAGUGAGGAAUGCCAUCACUAAAACUCAUGCUGCAGUAACAGGAGGCCUCUUGUUGAAACUUCCUUUCACAACCAUAUUCGAGUACCUUCAGAUGUUGCAGAUGAUUGCGUUUUCAAUAAGAAGUCUUGGGCCACAUGCAAUUCUUUAUCUUGCAGCUGCAGUGUCUGACUUUUAUGUUCCCUGGAAAAGCAUGGCAGAACACAAAAUUCAGUCGGGAUCUGGUCCAUUGGACAUGAGACUUGUUCAGGUGCCAAAGAUGCUCUUAGUGCUGAGGAAAGACUGGGCGCCAAGGGCCUUCUGUAUAUCAUUUAAGCUAGAGACGGAUUCAAAGAUUCUUUUAGAGAAGGCUGAUAUGGCUCUUCAGAAGUACAAGGUGCAUAUGGUUGUAGCGAAUGAACUUUCAACCCGCAAGGAAGAGGUUGUAGUCGUCAGAAGUAAUGAAAAGAUAUCAGUUCGCCGAAACCAAUCUCCGGGUGUUGUUGAUGUGGAGUGUCCACUAAUUGAACUUAUUGUGGGAAGGCAUUCUGCGUAUAUCGAGAAUCCUGAUCUAUGAUGAGUAUCGAUUUCACCUGGCAGAAGAUCAGUGCAACAUACAGUUGCCAUUAUGUUCAAGAUAGCAAUAUUUGGGCAUUCACCGUAGCUGUUUUAUGUCCGCGUACUAUGUUCGAGCAAAAGAUUCUAAACAAAGUUUUCUCUUGAAAGCAAUCAAAUUACUUGUAACACACAUAACUUUUAAGGGGAGAUAAAGAAGUAAUUAUCUCCCUUAUUUCGAGGAACUGCAAAGUUCUGGUUAAUAAAGCUCAAGCUCUUAUUAUCUUUUUUA